AUGGCAUCAGUUAAGGCCCGAAGUGUCCUUCUUCAAAUUCCUUGCCUCUUCUUUGGUCAUAAAACCCUCUAUGUGACCUCAUUGAGGGAACCGUCUAUCAGAAGGGCGUCCAGCCUCGCCUCUGACACCCAAGGCCAGCCCAGUGCAACUAAUUCCAACAAUAAGUUGCCUGUUAUUCCGCAAAGUCGGGAAAGCCCCAAUGGCACUACCACCAACUCUGCUAGUGCCGAUGACAUCUUCCAACAGGAGCUUCAAGGCAUGAAUAAGACUACGUUGAAUGGUCUUAAAAUUUCAAAUUAUCCCCGAUCUCAAAGGCGUUUCAUCGAUCAGGAACGAUGCAAACGCCGUGCUGAGGGAAACACCGCGGCAGCAAACAAGCAGGUGCCAAAGCCACCACCAACCUUCACAGCUUCAAACGGUACAUCUGGCACGUCAAUAGCAGUAUUGGGACCAAGUUGCUCAAACGAUGAUACUUCUUCAAAACAUACCGAAGAAAGCCCCAAGAUCUGGUAUAUGUUUCCGGAGCAUCAUAAAUUAGUUGUCCAACUGGCCCCGGGAGUUCGUUUUACCGACUCGGACGUUGAUGGAGCUCACGAGUGGCAGACGAAUAUAUGCGGAACGUUCAGAUGCUCGAAGAAAACAUGUGGAAACAAGUGGGGAAGCGGUAUCGUGGCCACGGUUAUUCGUGGGUAUUUGUUCCCCGAGAAAGACCUCGCGUAUAAUGCCAAAGUUUUCAACCAAAGAUGCAAGGAAUGCGACUCCCUUGGGUAUAUGACCAUUAGCCGACAUACAUAUCUCGGGAGGGUUAUCCGCCGAUUGAAGAUCUGGCGGAAUGAAAAGGUUGAUCAACUACGACAUGAAAACUAUUGGACUGGGCCACACAAGUCCGAGCUUUGUGAAGGCUGUAAGGCGGGGAAAUGUGGCCGGGAGGGAGGAUAA